AACCUGGCGGACAGUUAAGACGUGGCCAGAUUUCUGAACAGUCUGUAAGACUUUAUAUAAACCUUCCGUCAGUUAAACGCGUUAACACUCACGUAAGAAACAGCAAUAAUGAUGUUACGUGUGUUUCUCUAUUUGAGUUCUGUUGGACUUGUCUUUUCGUCUACAUCUUUCAGUCCACUCCACUGUUAUGACUGCAACUUUAAAACUUUCACAGACGGUUAUGGACUCAAGGCCACUCACCAAGCCUGCGUUGAACCAGAAAAAGAUGGCCACCUCCUGGCAAAAGUAAAGUGUGACACUGCGUGUUUUAACAGACUUGACGAGAACGGCUGUCACAGUCCACUCCACUGCUAUGACUGCAACUUUAAAACUUUCAUAUACGGUAAUGGACUAAAGGCCACUCACCCAGCCUGUGUUGAUCCAGAAAAAGAUGGCCACCUCCUGGCAAAAGUUCCGUGUGACACUGCGUGUUUUAACAGACUUGACGAAAAUGGCUUCGUCUACAGAGGCUGUUACACCGGGAACUUCGGUGUGGACUCCAGUCAAGACGGUUGCAGUUUUCAAGUUGGAGCCACGUGGUGUUUUUGCCGUAUGUAUCUCUGCAAUACUGCACUGAAUUUUACAUUGCUGCCUUGACCGUACCGUAACCGUGGAUUUAAAAGAGAUUAAACGUUUUUGAAAUUUUCAGGAUGUUGUAUUUGAAUAA